GGACGGACGGACGGACGGACGGACGGGUUCGGUGAGGUCCGCUCGUUUCUUUUUUUUUUUUUUUUUGAUUGCAGCUCCUUUUACUUGCCGCAACCGCAAACAGCACAGGAGGGAGUGGGGUGGGAUCCAGUGCAGCUCCAGCUCCAGCUCCAGCUCCAGCUCCAGCCAGCCGCGUUCCUUCCUCGUUUCCCCGCUCGCUCAGGUAGCCAGGUAGAGGUAGGUGUAGGUCUCACAGCACAGCACAGCACAGCACGGCACAGGUCCCCUGCCUCCUCUCCUCCUCUGACGGACAUCGGAGGAAGAAGAAGAAGAAGAGGGAGAGCGAGCAGGGGCGGGCGUGGUUCGGGAAGGAAUGGCUGGUCGGCGCGCGGAGGAGGAGUACGACUACCUGUUCAAGGUGGUGCUGAUCGGGGACUCGGGCGUCGGCAAGUCCAACCUCCUCUCCCGAUUCACCCGCAACGAGUUCUGCCUCGAGUCCAAGUCCACCAUCGGCGUCGAGUUCGCCACACGAACACUCCAUGUUGAGGGCAAGAUCAUCAAGGCGCAGAUUUGGGACACGGCAGGCCAGGAGCGGUACAGGGCAAUCACAAGCGCCUACUACCGCGGUGCGCUGGGCGCGGUCCUGGUCUAUGACGUGAGCAAGCCUACCACCUUCGAGAACAUCAGCCGGUGGCUCAAGGAGCUGCGUGACCACGCCGACUCCAACAUCAGAAUCAUGCUCGUUGGCAACAAGACUGACUUGAGGCACCUCCGAGCUGUCGCCACCGAUGAUGCGCAGAGCUUCGCCGAGGCAGAAGGUCUGUCCUACAUCGAGACGUCCGCGCUGGAGGCAACCAACGUGGAGGAGGCAUUCCAACUGAUCCUGGGUGACAUUUACCGGGCCAUCAGCAAGAAGCCUGUGGCAUCAGAUGAGUCUGGCCAGGGUGCUGCUGGAGGCGUCAAGGAAGGUAAGACCAUCAAUGUGGCGACUGGUGGCGAUGCCGCUGCUGAGAAGAAGCAAUGCUGCUCAGCUUAGAACCCAUGGUGAUCUCGUUCAGUGGCAUAUGUGUUGUUGUGAUGGUUGGUUUUUUUCUUUUCUUUCAGUCCAAAGUUUGUUGAUUCAUUUUGUCAGAUAGUACCUUCGUUGGACCUCAUGUUCACAUAUAUUCUCUAAAGCAAGCAGUUAUAUAUGAUUAUACCAUCACCAA